AUGACAAUCAAUUGCUUGAGCCUUGACCCAAGGAGAGAGGAAGUGCAGGGGCCACCAUACACCGGUGUGGAGCCCGGGCACGAGCUUGACCGACCAAGAAGGAAGGAAGUGCAGGACUACCGGAUAGUAAAAGGCAUCCGCAAGUCUUCGUCCUUGCUGGCCACCCUGCUGCCCUGGGAGUCGAGCGCAAGAAUGCGCCAGGAACAGGUCAGGUUCAGGCACAUCGUCUCGACGCAUCCCAUCCCAUCCCAACCCGACUUCCUGGCCGCAACUCCAAUUUUGCCCGCACUUGUUCUUCGUCUGAAGACGAAGAAGGCGGCCCUGCGUUCACCACCGCCUUGA